CAGCCAAUAGACAUCACUUCCGAUUCUGAUGACGUAGGUCGUCCUCAUCGGUUCCUGUUUGAGGUUCCUCCAUUCAAAGAGAUAACUGUCCGUAAAAAUAUAACGUUUUAGUAAUUGAUUUAGUAGGUCGCAUAUACCUUAACUGGUGACGAAAGCUUUCAUUAUAGACCGUUAUGGAGACUUCCGGAAACUCUCACAAGAAACCGAAGCUGAGCAACUCGUCCAGCGAGAAUUGGGGAACGCAGAGGGCGACUAAUGUGACCUACCAGGCUCAUCAUGUCAGCAGGAAUAAGCGUGGUCAGGUGGUGGGGACGAGAGGGGGCUUCCGUGGAUGUACUGUCUGGCUCACAGGUCUGUCUGGGGCUGGGAAGACCACGGUGAGCAUGGCCCUGGAGGAGUACCUGGUGUGCCACGGCAUCCCCUGCUACUCGCUGGAUGGAGACAACAUCCGCCAGGGCUUAAACAAGAACCUGGGCUUCAGCCCUGAGGACCGCGAGGAGAACGUCAGGCGUAUAGCCGAGGUGGCCCGCCUGUUUGCCGACGCAGGGCUCGUCUGCAUCGCCAGCUUCAUAUCUCCCUACGGACGGGAUCGUGUGAACGCCAGGAAGAUCCACGAGGCUGCAGGCUUGCCCUUCUUCGAGGUGUUUGUUGACGCGCCGCUUGACGUGUGUGAACAGCGGGACGUCAAGGGCCUCUACAAGAGAGCCAGGGCUGGAGAGAUCAGAGGUUUCACUGGGAUAGACUCGGAGUAUGAGAAACCAGAGGCCCCAGAGCUGGUGCUGAAGACUGACUCCUGCAGUGUCAACGAGUCUAUACAGCAGCUCAUUGACCUGCUACAUGAGAAGGAUAUAGUGCCGGUGGAUGCUUCCUAUGAAGUGAAGGAGCUGUACGUAGUUGAGAACAAGCUGGACCUGGCCAAGACGGAUGCUGAAACACUACCUGCUGUGCAGAUUGGAAAGGUGGACAUGCAGUGGGUUCAGGUGCUUGCUGAGGGCUGGGCCACCCCUCUGAACGGCUUCAUGAGGGAGAGGGAGUUCCUGCAGUGUCUCCACUUUGACUGUCUGCUGGACGGUGGCGUCAUCAACCUGUCUGUGCCGGUGGUGUUGCCGGUGUCGGGGGCGGACAAGGAGCGUCUGGACGGCGUCACGGCCAUGGCCCUGGUGUACGAGGGCCGCCGUGUGGCCAUCCUCCGCAACCCCGAGUUCUACGAGCACCGCAAGGAGGAGCGCUGCGCCCGCCAGUGGGGCACGACCUGCAAGGACCACCCCUACAUCAAGAUGGUAAUGGAGAGUGGAGACUGGCUGGUAGGAGGAGACCUGCAGGUCCUGGACAAGAUCAGCUGGAACGACGGCCUGGACCAGUACAGACUCACCCCCACUGAGCUCAAACACAAGUUCAAGGAGAUGAAUGCAGACGCGGUGUUUGCCUUCCAGCUGCGCAACCCGGUGCACAACGGCCACGCCCUCCUCAUGCAGGACACCCACAAGCGUCUGAUCGAACGGGGCUACCGCCGGCCCGUCCUACUGCUGCACCCGCUGGGCGGCUGGACCAAGGACGACGACGUGCCGUUGGAGUGGCGCAUGAAGCAGCACGCCGCCGUGCUGGACGAGGGCGUGCUGAAACCCGAAAACACCAUCGUGGCCAUCUUCCCGUCGCCCAUGAUGUACGCCGGCCCCACUGAGGUGCAGUGGCACUGCCGAGCCCGAAUGGUGGCCGGCGCCAACUUCUACAUCGUGGGUCGCGACCCGGCGGGCAUGCCCCACCCAGCCACGGGAAAGGACCUGUACGAGCCAACCCAUGGGGCUAAAGUCCUCACCAUGGCGCCUGGACUCAUCACCCUGGAAAUUGUACCCUUCAAGGUGGCCGCCUACAACAAAGCCAAGAGGGCCAUGGACUUCUACGACCCCAAGAACCAUCAAGACUAUGACUUCAUCUCAGGGACAAGGAUGCGUAAGAUGGCUCGCGAAGGACAGAACCCUCCGGAAGGCUUCAUGGCCCCCAAAGCCUGGGCUGUCUUGGUGGAGUACUAUCAGUCCCUGGAGAAGGCUACCUAAGGUCAAAUGUGGUCAAAGGUCAAAAUGGGGAACAUCCGGGUCGUAUUCAUUAGGGCACAACAUAGUAAAACUUUUUCAAAUGUUUUUCACCAGGAAAAAUGAAAACAAGUGGUUGUCAUUGGACAAGUCCAGAUAGUCCCUGCCUGCUUCAGUCUGUUUCCCUCUGUUUGGUGCCUAAUGAAUACGACACAGCUAUCUCCUCUAAAACAGUUAAAAGAUUAAUACGAGGACCACUCAACAGCUAGAUGUCCCUCUCCAACGCACACACCUCUCUAUUCUCCCCUUCUCCUGUAUUUUCUCCUCCUCUCCUCUCUCUCGUUCUGCUGCUACUGCCACUGGGCUUCAGUCUUACCACACUGAGUAUGUACUUUAUUUAAACUCACCAUUAGAAAUUGGUUUCUCUAAUUGUGCAACUAUCAGUAUUUUUAAAUGUGUUUUAAACUGGAAGUGGGUUGAAAUGUUCAUUUUAAAAGGUGUGAAGAGGCAAAGAUUGUUUUUAGAGAACGAUGCUAAAGGUUUCCUCAUGAUGUAACAAGAUGUGGUUUAGUUGAGGAUGAAAACAUGACACAUGUAGGAAGUCAAUGCCCCUCUUAGACCUGUUUCCUAGAACUCUUACCGUGUCCAUGGCUAACGUGGUCAUAUUGAUUCUUUUGAGUGUUUGGCUUUGUCCCUUUGUCCCCAAGCACACUUCAAAUAAGUCAGUGGAAAGCGUAGACUCAUUUAGUGAUCUGAAAACAAGCCAUCGCUGUGUAGCUGCAGUAUGUGGGUAACUGUCAUCUGAGGUUGUUGGCCUGACUGGAACUGUGGUUUGAAUUGGAGUUUGCGGGCAAGUUGAGUGCCUUGUCUUUGUCAAUCGUUCUCACACAGAGACAUUGCAUCCCCCCACACACACACACACACACACACACCUGUUCAUACUCCCACUUGCCUCUGUUACAUUAAAGCGGUCCAAUAGAUCCAGGAAACGAUCUGCGAAGCAGAUGAGAACCGAACUAAUGACUAAACCUUUAGAAAAACUUCCUGUUUUACCAUUAGCUUUAUUUCUCCAUACUGUUAAAUGACGUCUUUUUACCUUGAUGUAGCAUGUAGUGAAGUGUUUACCACCUAUGACUCUUUUAGUGAACUAUCAGUAUUUAUUUUUUUAGUUGAUGUUCAUCACACAGGAGGUUGGUGGCAUCUUACUUGGGGAGGACAGGCUGGUGGUAGAGACUGGAGCAGGAUAGGUGGAAUGGUAUUCCAGUUGUUCUGUUCCAGCCAUUAUUAUGAGCUGUCCUCCCCACAGCAGCCCCCUGUGGUCUGUCACUAUAUAUAUUUUAGUUUGUUUGCUUGUUUUAAUAUUCUUUGUACUGAGUUAUGAUAUUUUCCAUUUGGUUACUACUGUACAAACAUGGGUCUGCUCUGCCAGUAUGGCCGGAAGAAAAGAGAUCGGUUUAUAUAUUAUUGUCCAUGUUCUCCAAUAAAGCAUUUUUAGCAAAUGGA